UUGAACGUUAGCAGCGCAUUAACUUUUUCGCAAUACAGUAUCUCUGCAGAUUUGUCUCUAUAAAUGUUUUAGAUGAACUAUCUUGCUAAAUUCUAUGAAAUUACAUGUACAUGCCUGUGCAUUAACCUCCAUUAAUUAACCUAUAACCUAACUCAACCUAGUAAUUAUUUGGACCGAAGUCAUGCAGACAGGUACUUGACUGCAGAAGAUAAAUCUCGCAAAAUCCCCCCGCCCGCCCCUUCCCAUUCAGCUAGUCCUCUUGUUUACCCAAGUGGACGGAUCUGAUGUGAAAGCCUUGAUAACUGCACUUGCCUUUGUGGCACCGCUCAGUUUGAGGAGUCUCCUGAGAGAAACGUGAUGCUCCCGCACAGCAUGGACGGCCAGUCCGCUGCUCAGCAAGCCAAGACGCAUGUGAUGCGCUCCUACCGCGGCAGCAGCGGCACGCCCGGGCCUCCCAUUCCCAUCGGGCAAACCAAAAGUUACCCCGUGAUCUGGAGACCUUGGGUACUGACAAGUAGAGACAAUGAAAUGCGCCAAAAGUGGGUUUCUGGGAGCUUGGAAUCGGCUAACAGACAGACGUCAAAAUCCGCUUCAGGCUUCCAGCACCCUGUCAGACUCUGUAUGCCCAAGUCGAAAGCGCAGGAGUACCUGUCCCAUUUAGGAUGGAAGGUUCUGGCAAGCUUCCCUGUUCAGGCCACUCUCCACUUCUACAAUGACGAAUCCAGCUCCGAGGAUGAAGACGAGGUGGAGGAGGAAGAUGCACAGGCGACAGAGGAGCCUUAGCGGGUUUGGCCCCCACCCCCACCCGGCAUCUGUCGGAGCGGAGGGCCUCCGGUGUUUUGGAAACAGCGCCGUGAGUGAACUCUGGCACUGGAGCAUCGGGGGUGACAGGAAACGCGCCUUGGCCGUGUCAAGGACCCAGGGAGGAUAAUCACUACAGACGCAAACAGGAAGCGGAGCAGGGACACGCCGUCGCCACCCUGUGACCACGCAGAGGAUUCACCGUUUGUGCUGCAGGAGGGUAAACAGACCUUUAACCUGACCAUGGCUGCAUAUCCCUCUGCCCCAUCCUGCUCUCUGCUGACGGUGUAACACUAACGGCGCCUUCGUGUCCCUGCGUCUUAUUGAAAUACCGCAGUUGCUGUGCAGCAGUCUGCUUAUCUGGUUGCAUCUUUUCAAAACAGAAUGUGGAGGUUUUACCACAACACAAAAAACAUCUCUGAAAUGUAAAACAUCCAUAAUUUCUGGGCUGUGUGGAGAAAAUGUAUAAAAUGUAAAUACUCAUGUUUUGUUGGUGGUUUUGGUUUGUGGACCUUGGCGGUAUUUUCUCAUUUGUUUUUAAUAAAGAGUAUUUUCUAGUUUUCAGA